GGGCUCUGGCCAGUCAGUCGCCUUUGAUUAUCAGUCUCCAGCAGCCCCUCUCUUGGCUCCUUGACAUGAGCACCAUAUAAGGCGCAGCGAUCUCCAUAGAAACGUGUCAGUUUCAAUAGUAGUGUCAAAGUUCACUAUAUACAGACAUUCGCGCAGAUCCCCCCGUUUCGGAAACAUUGCUGUGCAGCUCUUCUUCCUUUAAAGCAUUUUUGGAGGCUCUCUUCUUUUUCUUCUUGCAUAUUCUACUAGUUGUGUUGUUUUUUUGUUUUUUUUCCCUGCUGCCGCUGCUGCUGCCUUUUUGCUCUUGUGUGAUAUCUUUUCUCCGUGGCUCCAGCUGGAGGAGAGGUGAAAGUCUUCCACGGCGUGGACUCUGUUCGCGGCAGCUCGCCUCGAGAAGAUGAUGAUGAAGAUGAUGAUGAGCUUUAUUUAAGAAUAUACACGCGCCAAAUCUGCAGUUUUUGUGUGCGUGUGCCUUCACUGCGCUGCUCACACGGCGAAGACUGACUGGUGGAAAAGGAGAAAGGAAUUUAUACACCGCAGCACUUUGGAUCGAGCGUCUUUUCACCACAAGAAGGCUUUUUUGUGUAUUUAUAGACAGACUCGCGGGUGUGAAUUGCUUUCCCUUUGUGGCUAUUUCCUAUCAAAGUGCAGUUUUUUGUAACCGCAACACGUCUGGACUCGCCUUUUUCCUACAAGAUCGGGGAUUCCUGAAUGGCUCAGUGUAAUUUACCUUGGAACUGGCCUCCCGAUACUUGCAUAUCCUGAUCGGGUCGUCCCCUCCAGCCAGCGAGCCGUCCGUCCGUCCGCCGCUGUUUUGAAUGUAUUGAUGCCCCCUCCGCCUCCUCCUCUAUGAGAUUCCGUGCAGCGAUUUGACUUUGCAGCCGUCUCGCAGAAAAAAAAGAAUCUCCUUUAUUUUCUCUCCUUGCACGCUCCAGAACCAGUAGCGACCAUUUCGCUUUAUAGCACUUUCCGGGGCCGAGAUAUGGCAAUGGUAGUUAGCGUGUGGCGAGAUCCGCAGGAAGACGUGGCCGGAGGACCUCCGAGCGGCCCCAACCCAGCAGCGCAGCCGUCGAGGGAGCAGCAGCAGGCGGCGUCGGCGGCGCCGCACACCCCGCAGACCCCGAGCCAGCCGGGACCCCCGUCCACGCCGGGCACGGCCGGGGACAAGGGCAGCCAGAACUCGGGGCAGAGCCAGCAGCACAUCGAGUGCGUGGUGUGCGGGGACAAAUCAAGCGGCAAACACUACGGCCAAUUCACCUGCGAGGGCUGCAAAAGUUUCUUCAAGCGGAGUGUACGCAGGAACUUAACCUACUCGUGUCGCGCCAAUAGGAACUGUCCCAUCGACCAGCACCACCGGAACCAGUGCCAGUACUGCCGCCUCAAGAAGUGCUUAAAAGUGGGCAUGCGGCGGGAAGCGGUUCAGCGAGGACGAAUGCCUCCAACCCAGCCCAACCCAGGCCAGUACGCGCUGACCAACGGGGAUCCCCUCAACGGCCAUUGCUAUCUGUCCGGAUACAUCUCGUUAUUGCUGCGGGCCGAACCCUACCCCACGUCCCGGUACGGGAGCCAGUGCAUGCAGCCCAACAAUAUCAUGGGCAUCGAGAACAUCUGCGAGCUGGCGGCUCGGUUGCUCUUCAGCGCCGUGGAGUGGGCCAGAAACAUCCCUUUCUUUCCCGACCUGCAGAUCACCGACCAGGUGUCCCUUCUCAGGCUGACGUGGAGCGAGUUGUUUGUGCUUAAUGCCGCCCAGUGCUCCAUGCCCCUUCAUGUGGCCCCUCUGCUGGCCGCCGCGGGCCUGCACGCUUCGCCCAUGUCGGCGGACCGUGUCGUGGCUUUCAUGGACCACAUCCGGAUCUUCCAGGAGCAAGUGGAGAAGCUCAAAACCUUACACGUAGACUCAGCAGAGUACAGCUGCCUCAAGGCCAUCGUGCUUUUCACGUCAGACGCUUGCGGCCUGUCGGACGCCGCCCACAUCGAGAGCCUGCAAGAAAAGUCCCAGUGCGCCCUGGAAGAGUACGUGAGGAGCCAGUACCCGAACCAGCCAAGCCGUUUUGGAAAGCUCCUCCUGCGGCUGCCCUCCCUCCGCACCGUGUCUUCGUCGGUAAUCGAGCAGCUCUUCUUCGUCCGCUUGGUAGGUAAAACUCCUAUUGAAACCCUCAUCAGGGAUAUGCUAUUAUCCGGGAGCAGCUUCAACUGGCCUUACAUGUCCAUCCAAUGAUCCUUAUGACACACACAAAAAGAGAGGACACGGACCAAAAUCCUCCUCUAAGAAGACUAUAUAUGACUUUUUUUCUGACAACUUUGGAAGACUUUUGCCUCCUUCCCUUCCUCCGCUGUCUUCUGGGACUGAGAUAUGGAAUAUGUACAGAAAAAUAUUGGAACUGGACUUGACACCUGUGUAAAUCCGCCCUCAUCUUCAAGAACAAUACUCGUCAUUUUGUAAAAUACUAGUCUUUAUUUUCUUUUUUUGUAAGAAAAAUUACAAACGAAAUGAAAAACAUCAUAUGCGCAGUAAGAAAAAAAUGAAUCAAGACUUAGCGGGAAAAUAAUGUUUCCAAGCAAUUAUAAGAUUUUGUCCUGUGUCUAUGUACCUCUCUCUCUCUGUUUUGUAUUUUUUCUGGUUCUAAACCAGGCUUUCUGUGAUUCUAUACUAAUAAUUUUUUAUAUAACCUUUUGCUUCUUAUAAUGAGUGCGAUAUAUGUUGUCGAAGCUAUUCUCCAAGAAUUAAAAUUGAAGUGAGAAUUUUAAAAAACAGGAAAAAAUAAAGAAAUUUAGACAAUAAGAAACAAGUCUAAUCGCUAUGACAAUAUUACCACUGAUGGUUGAAUUUUUUUUCCCAACACGAUGGACCUGUAACAACAAACUGACCCUAUUUCCCACCCUCACCCCCCAGGACAUUUUUACUGAGAGGACAUCUGGGGAAACCCCACCUUGCACCCCUCACACCCCUCCCCCUCCCCCACGGCGGCCAUGAGUGCGAUCAUCAGUCAAAGAGGAGAGACAUGAAAAAUCAAAAAGCACUUUUAAUAUAUCAUUUCAAAUACAUUUUUUGUUUGUUUCGUCUUUUGGAGAAAAAAAUCAUUGUUUCUUGAAUUUUAUUGGUUGUUGCCUUCAAUUUGCUUACUCCAUGAUGCAGCUUUUUUUUGCAGAAAGGCUCGGUUGAUGAAGUUGUGUGAUGGUGACUGUAUUAUUAAAAAACAAAUAGGCAACGAUGUCUGUCCCCAAGCAUUUUCCUCCAUCACAGGCAUGCUUUGUUGAAAUAUUUUUACUCACUAAUGCAGUCUGAAAGUCUAACUCCCAGUUCGCUCUUGUGAACCAAUGAAAACUGGCGAUUCACGUUUAAUAUUUAUAUAGCAAAAUGAUACAUAACAAAUCAGAGUCACCUUCCCGUUUAAAGCGUCAACCGUGUGUUUAAAUAUUGACGUAGGCAAAGAAACAAAAAUAGAAAUAAAAGUUUCAUCCGGUGCUUUCAUAUAGGCGUGAACAAUGUGGAAAAUGUAUAUUAUUGAGUAAGCCCGUCGACAUGGGGUGGUCGUGUGCGUGUGUGCGUGUGUGGGGAAAAAACAUUCAUUCAUUGGCUGCCAUUGAUAGCGAUAGACUUCCAAUUCAUUGGCGUUGAAAGCUAAAGUUUCAGUGCCAUUGACAGUGCUAGACGUCCAAUUUUUUUUUUAUGACUCACUGCCAGCCUCUCCCAGCACCGUUGAGUGAGUUAAUAUCCAUUAUCGCGGUCGUUAUCUCUAAAAGUGACGUAUUUUCGUAUAAUUAGGAGCCAAAGACGCGCUCAAAUAACUCCAAAAAGCGACGUUUGGGUGUGACAUUUCUUCGAUUUGCUUGUUAGCAUUCUUUAUCAUCAGAUGUGUUGCUUGUGUUUGCCUUAUGGCCACAUUUUCGCACGCUGAUGACAGGAGGACAAGUGAACGCAUCACGUUGUAAUGUGCUGCUGUCGCCAUACAGUAUGUGUCAUCUCUUAUAGGGGGAGGCGAUCAUCACUUGAUCUGUUAUUCUAUAUAAAGAAUGUACAUAUUGCUCGCUGUUAAGCUUGUCCUGACGUGCUCCUUCGCGUAUAAUGAUAUAUGUGUGACUUGGGUCUCACUUUUUGUGUGGCAUUUCUGCAAACUGGAUGCUUAUUGUUUAAUGGAUUUUAAAUUUUGGUGAUGUAUAAGAGUUACACAGCAAAUCGUGAUGUGUCGUGGCAAAUCUGCCUGUUUUUUUCCGGAGGUUAGCCCGCUUGAUUGCAUGCGGGACUAUACAAUGUUUGUUUGGCUUCAAAAGGAGCAUGACAAAAAGCCCAUGCAGGCAGGCAGGUCGUUUUCGUUUUAUGUAGCUGUGGACUAAAUGGUUUGCUGGGUUAUUAAACGCAGCGUACAGCUGCUUGUCUCCAACAUAAUGUAUUCGAAAUCCCUCCAGAGUAUAACCAUCUUUUAUCCUCUCGCUGAGAGCAUUUUGUUGUACAAUUGUUACACUACGGGCUAUAUAAAGCGAGCGGCACAUGAAAUAGUGGCAUGUGGUCCUAAUUAACGUUUGUGUACAGGCAAUAGGAGAAAACACACCGCAGGACUCAGGAAAAGCCAUUCAAAUAUCUUUGACGUCACCUACAUGGACAGUAGUUCUAAUAUUUCCCCAGCAAUUAAUGUAAUUGAUGCAAUUACAUCAAGAUGUGGGAGAAAUAAAUCCACUUUUGGAAGGGGGAGCUCUGGAUUGGAAAGAGUUAAACAAGUAUUUAGUUUUGUCGCCGGUCAUUCAUCAAAGCACAAGUGGAGAACUCCCAGCACGACCAACGAUUAGUUUGCUUUUUACGCAAGCAGCUGGGUGCGAUUUCACGUUUGAGGUGUGCAGAAAGAGGAACAUUUAUUAUCCCGACGUGUCAGCAACAUGUCCAUUUGGGGCUUGAUUUUAGCGAACUUUUAGGACAUGCCUGUGCAAUCCAGUUUGGCCUUGGAGUUUGACUCCUCUUAAACGACCGGCUCUAAAUCUUAGAUAAGUAAUUUUUCCAAAUCUAUUCUUUUUAGUGCAGGAGGGAGUGUUGAGGCGCGGCAGAGUAUCAGAGGAGGUGUAAUUGAGGGGGCGUUGAGAGGACCGACCCUGAAAGCUGCAGAUGCAAGACGUCUCAAACGUCCACUACCCGACGUCAUGAUGACCAUAACCAGCCUCCACCACCUCGCCGAAGAACCUGAAGAUGGACUCAAAGCUCAUCCAGGAGGUCAACUCGUGCCGUUCUGUGCCUACACGGAUGACACACACAAACACGCUUUAGCUAGAAAUACUCAUGAGCGAUCAAUGCCGACGCGCUCUAGCUUUCACCCUGAACUGGCGGUGAACUCCCACGGAAUGCCGCCAGGAUCUCCACCCUAUCCCAUCGCUUGGGGGUCACCACUGUGCCAAUAUGCAGAUGAGCCCCUGCUCCUCCAAUGACUGUGGUCUUAAGCCCCGCCCCCUCCAACACGCGUACACAUCAGCCUGUCCUGACCCACGAAAUAGACCUUUAACAGCGCUGGACCUCGACUGAAAGGCUUGUGGCAGAGUGGUGGAAGCAUUACCUCAGCUAGGCAACAAAUCAAAUUAAUGUCUUUAGAAGAUAUGGGGAUCAAUGAGAUGUCAUCCAGCUAUACGCUAUGUGUAAAGUGACCCCAUAAACAUGAUGUGAGUACGUUUUAGCAGCUGCAUGAAAAUGUUUAUCAAGAGAUAAGUGGAAGUAUUUAUGGGCAAUUAAACUAAAAGACUCAAAUAAAAUCACACAUGGAAAUAAUAUGUAGGGUAGCUUGGGUGUUUUUGUCCCUCACUACAAUGAAUGCAGAAAUAAAUGUUGAACAUCCUUCAAAUUGUACAAGUCGGAAUUUAGUCACCUAGACAGUAGCGCCAAAUUUUGGAGGUGCCACAAUGUACAAUUCCACACUUGUUUUUUGCAGCCUCAAUUGAAGGGUGUUAAGAGAAGAAUGUGAGAAGAUGGGGAAAAAAAUAACCUGAAGUUACGUGAGAAGACUCCUUUAAAACUGCGUUUUACUCUACUGUGUGGCAUCACUAUUUAUCAAAGUAACCUUCCUUUUACACUUGCAGGACAAUUAAUAUUUUGAAAUAGUAAAACAUGUGACAUGCAUCUGCAACCAGACUCAACUUCAAUUUAUGCCUUUGUCAUUUAAGAGUGACCUUCCAUUUCCUUCGCCGGAUGGUGAAACCUACGGAAUACGGAGGUUGUUUUCAGUUUUGUUUUUGUUCGCAGAUAACUCAAGGACGAAUUAAGGGACUAAACUAAAACUUGAAGAAUAUGUUUGGAAUAUGAAACGCAAAAAGUAAUUACAUUUUGGGGUAAUGAGGUCAAAGGUCACAGAGGUCAUAAGAGGAUUUUUGUGAUUUCUUGAUAGUGGAUUAGCUUAUUUCACUCAAAUUUGCAGGGUAGGUAAUAUGAUGAGAGGAGAAAGACUUAUGAAACUGUCUAUAUGCUAGGUGACAUGGUAUCAUACUUCAAGGGAGUGCUCAGUCGACUAAAUAUGGCGAUGCUUUGAGAUGGCUGCUUAGGCGGAGGUCUGCUCUAUCAAAAUUUUCCUCUCAUCAUUACUGUUUACACAGGGGUGAUAGUGGGCCUGAACACCGUUCUGGCAAGAGGUCCGGUGCGGGAACGGUGCUUCGAUCCCAAGAAUGUGAGGCGAUUGUCAAAACCCCAUGCUAAAAACAACCUGCCUGGCUGGCACACAGGCAUCUCCAAGAGGAAAACAAUAUACUAACGUCUGCUUUACAUACACAAGUGGUAACAACAACCAUAAUAAAGUGCUUGUGUAGUGUCAUCCGUUUCCACCGAUGUGUCGUGUCGAACUGUGCAUGCGCUCGGCUAACCACAGGGACAUCUGUUGCCGGUUCAAUUGGCUGACAUACAGAUAUGUGAUCAGCAUGGAUAGUUAAAUCUGAUUGAUUAGAAUGCACAUGUUUUCUGAGACAGAAAAAGAACAAGCUUGUUGAAUUAAUGCGAUUAAAAAAAAGGGCAAUGGAACAGAAAAUUGAUCAUAUCUUUAAGAGAAGGGAAAGAGUUGAAGAGGCAUUUCAUUUUCUCUGAUGGGGAGGUUCAGAACAUCGUGUUAAUCUAUAAUGCCUGACAACUGAAAUAAUGAACAGAAAAUUCAGAUUUUUUUCGAUUAGAAAUCUUUACGUAAUUAAAAAAAAAAAUGCAUUUUUACAAAAGA